ACAGUUGGCGUUUACACUGUCAAAUGUUUACAACGUCUGAAGUCAACAAACGGAUGGUGGAGGCGCGCGUGUUUUUGUGUUCUUAGUGGUGAUAAUUCAUAUGAGCAGUGCUUACCUACCUAUGUAGUAACUGCUACCUAACAUUACAUUACAGCAUCAAGUACGCCAGUGAAAUGAACGAAACAGAGUGAUCUAAUUGCUGUUGAACACCAGAAGAGGGGGGAAUAAAUGACCAUAUCUAGUACCCCACCAACUAGUCACUAUCAUCUAUCGAUCAAUCCACCAUCCUGCAAAUACAAGUACACCGAAUAAAUGCAAUGAAAGAUCGAUACGGUCAGUUUGUUGUUCGGUUAGCCCAGUCCGUUGGUCGGUCGGGCAGGGGAUCGGUGGAUCCAUCGUUUGGACCCCGUAGUGUCUUGAGUGAAACAUUGAAAAAGUGUAUUAAUAUCGUUUUACUAGCCAGCCAUCUGAAAUAAGGCGAACGAAACGAAAACAAAAAUCAUAACAACAAAGAGAAAUGUUUGAAUUCAUUAAAUGAUACGUAACACAACAACAACUUUGCGGUGAAGUGGUUGUUGGUUGCACAUUACAUUUAUUAAUCAUUACGACGGUGGUUGACCAAGUGUUGUUUUAACGGUGCGAAUAACGGAAUUGCUGCUGCUAACCAUCAACGGCUGUUGCUCUCUGUUUCCUAUUCAAAUGUGAGGAACUGAUGUUUGUUUGCCUCUUCAGAUACGCUGCUUUGAGGAGGUCAUAAUUUCCAGUUCCUUCAGGCUGGCUGUUUUGUUUUUUUGCUUUGUAUGAAGUUGGUGAAGUCGGUGUCGCAAUUCUACGCCAUCACCUAUUCGCUGCCCUUUUAUGCAUCAAUCGGAACGAUUAUUUUUGGAUUUGGAUCAGAAUUAUUUUCGCCACCAUGUAUUACUCUUCAGCUACAAGUUAUCCCGAAUUUCGGGUAAACAACACAUUACCGAGGAUGGACACCGACGAUGUGGAAUCAACCUCAAGUAGCGCAAUGUCAAAAAUAGGCGCCCUAUUUACAUUCACCUCACCGGCAGUAAAGAAAUUACUGGGAUGGAAGCAGGGAGAUGAAGAGGAGAAAUGGGCUGAAAAGGCUGUCGAUAGUUUGGUUAAAAAGUUAAAAAAGCGUCAAGGAGCUAUAGAGGAAUUGGAAAGAGCCUUAUCAUGUCCUGGCCAACCAUCAAAAUGCGUGACAAUUCCACGUUCAUUGGACGGACGUUUACAGGUAUCACAUCGCAAAGGAUUGCCGCAUGUUAUAUAUUGCCGUGUUUGGCGUUGGCCUGAUUUACAGUCACAUCACGAACUUAAACCAUUAGAGAUAUGUCAGUAUCCAUUCUCAGCAAAACAGAAGGAAGUUUGCAUAAAUCCUUAUCAUUACAAAAGGGUUGAAAGUCCUGUCUUACCGCCCGUAUUAGUACCACGCCACUCGGAAUUCGCCCCUGGGCAUUCAAUGCUGCAGUUCAAUCAAAUGGGCGAGUCUACAAUGCCACACAAUGUUAGUUACUCCACGGCAGGCUUCAACAAUCACCUAAGCCCCAACAGCCCGCCAAUGACAUCAGUUGGCAGUCCAAGUUCUGUGAAUUCCAAUCCUAACUCACCAUACAGCAGUAUGGCUGAGACGCCACCGCCGGCCUACAGUCCAUCAGAAGACGGAAACUCAAACAAUCCCAAUGAUGGCACACAAUUGCUUGACGCUCCCAUGGGCGAUGUGGCCCAGGUAAGCUACCAAGAGCCAGCGUUUUGGGCUUCAAUUGCAUACUACGAACUAAACUGUCGCGUGGGUGAGGUAUUCCACUGCAAUAACAAUUCCGUAAUAGUAGACGGGUUUACAAAUCCUUCUAACAACUCGGAUCGCUGUUGCUUAGGACAAUUGAGUAAUGUGAACCGUAACAGUACAAUUGAGAAUACCCGACGUCAUAUAGGAAAAGGUGUGCAUUUGUACUACGUUACCGGUGAGGUUUACGCUGAGUGCCUGUCUGAUUCGGCCAUCUUUGUGCAAUCACGCAAUUGUAACUAUCAUCACGGCUUCCAUCCCAGCACCGUUUGUAAAAUACCACCUGGUUGUUCUUUGAAGAUUUUCAAUAAUCAAGAAUUUGCUCAAUUGCUUUCCCAGUCGGUCAACAACGGCUUCGAGGCCGUGUAUGAGCUAACGAAAAUGUGUACGAUACGUAUGAGUUUCGUGAAGGGCUGGGGUGCCGAAUAUCAUCGGCAGGACGUAACCUCUACACCUUGCUGGAUUGAAAUACACUUACAUGGACCGCUGCAGUGGCUGGACAAGGUCCUAACACAAAUGGGCUCACCCCACAACGCUAUAAGUUCGGUGUCGUAAAAGUCCAUUGACGCGGCACCACAAUGUUUUUCAUUAUUUUUAAGAGUACCAUUAGUAUAAGUUUUAAGUAAACGAAUUGAGGAGUUAAGUUCAAAAUUUAAAAAUCAGUCAAAUCCUGACACAAAAAGAGAAAAGCAGCUUAAAAGACCAUUAACUUUAUUGUUUGAGCAUAUAUAGAUUUUUUUCGUAUUUUUUAUUUUCCUUUAUUUUUGUCAUUUUCGUGAACGAAGGUUUUAGCGGUUUCUUAAUGAUGUGUGAGAUGAACUUAUGAUAGAUGGGUUUUUUUCUGAUGACUAUGAACCAGCCUUACUUAUGAUUAUUCUCGUUAUCCCUAUUUCGUUAAAUAGGUGGUUGUUCCACGUCGCGUUGCUGGGGGGAGAAAGUCGAUUGAAAAACAAGUAGUGAUUACUUUCGAAAAGAACACGACGCCGCAUAUGAUACGGACGAUUGUGCGAUCAUGGCAUCAGGCCCCCACCCAUUGUUGACAUCUGCGAUAGGUUGAAUGUCUACCACAACGAACUUGCCUCACAUUUCGCUGCAAGAAAUCUGAAAUACGCGUGAGGUGAAUACAGAGCUGACUGUGAUGGUCGACGGAGAAAUGAUCCCGACCAUCAAGUGUCCCAAAAUACUUAGCGUCACUUUGACAGCUCUUACACAUCCUCCCCACAUGCCAUAGCAAUUUGCGAUAAAGUCAAAAGUAGAAACAAGGUCCUCAAGUCACUUGCACUUGGCGUGCAGACAAAGAAACCUUGUUGAUCAUAUACAAAGCAAUUGGCCGGUCUGUGGUAAGUUAUGCAGCGCCAGUGUGGUCUCGUCAGCUCUGUGACAAGCAGUGGAAUAAUAUUCAGAUCUGUCCUUAGUUCUCAUGUGGACCGCCCCCAUCAGAAGACAAAGAUUCUACCAGUGCGAAGACAUAACUACAUGCGGUAUUAGCAAUACCUUUUGGGCUGUUAUCGCAGAGACCAUUCAAAUCAUCAUCUUGUCGAUAGAUAUCCACCGCCCAGAAGCCUUAAGGCAGAUCUACAUGAUCUAUAGCGCGAGGUUUAGCGCUACAAGAAAGAACCUCAAGAUCAAGCGGCAUAGCAAGCUGGUCUAGACAACAUUCAAGUAGACACGGUAGCAGAUGCGGCAAAUGGUUACCGGGUGAAUGUAGUUCUUGGAGAACGACCGCCUCCCAUUGCACCUGAAGAAAUGGACCUCCCCCGGCAAACCAGAGUAGUUCUGGCUUAAUUACGAUCCGGCAGAUGCAGCCGCGUCAAUUCCUACAGAGCAAGGAUUGAUGCCGGUGUGCAAGAUGUAUGUCCCGAUUGUAACCAGGGACCGCACGAUGCACGUCACCUGUUUAACAGCCGAGCCAGACCCACUCGACUCAGACCCAGAUCGGAUCGUAGAGUUCCUGGGUCUCGACAUUCAACAGAAUCAAGCAGACGAAAAAUAGAACACAACUGCUACAACAACAACAUCUUUCGAAAAGUUUAUGGACGAUGGGGCCAUUGUGUCAUCCUCCCCCACCCCACAACAAUGAGUGACUUAUUUUGUUUGCAAAACAUUUUCUCUGCCGCUUAUGCUUUAUACAUAUUAAACAAGUCUCAUGUGCCUUUUUAUUGUCGUAGCAUUUUAGUUAGAUAUUAUUUUCAUUUAUAUCAAUAGGGUUACGUUUGGCGGUUCCAACCAUAUGAUCAUGCUGUCGCUGUAGCUGUCUAUUAGUGUCUGUAGCCAAUAUGCGUCGCUGAUUAGAAUAAAUAUCAAUUAUUUGUACCGCGAACAAAAGGGAAAUUCGGUUUAAUUUUGUUUUACUACUGCAACAGCAAUGUUCUCUCAGCAAUAUGUCGAAAGUUUUUCGAGUGUAUAUUAGCAAUUAAAUGACCCGUGCAACAAUUAUGAUCUUCCUUUAGUUUUAAACUUUUUUUUAAUUUUAUAAUUGGUUUGAUUUUACUUUUAUCAAAAAAUAAACAUUUAAGAAAA